AUGGACCAACCGCAUGGUCCAAUCGCUGCUCCAGCCAGCGGCUAUGAGUGUAUCAUCUAUGUCUUGAACAAAACCAAGGUCGAUCUUUUCCUCGAGUCUUCCACAGUCACACACGGCAGCUGGGCGGAAGAAAAUCCUCCUAGAAUCAUCAAAGCUGGGUCCGAAGGCCUGGUGCAGCUCAACGACAAUGGUGGUAUUACUGGCAGCAAGGGCGAGGUCUUCUACAAGCUUGUUCUUCCUUCCCAGCCGGACAAACCGAUCUUCUUGAAAAUCGAGUUCUGCGAUCCAUUCUUUGGAUGGGAUAGCAACUACCUCCGAGCGACUGCAAGUCAUCCAGACGUCGUAUCGGCUUACAUCCUCGAUUAUGCUGCGGCUGGACAUCCAUUCACAGGUCACGUCGAGAUUCGUUUGGCAGAGGAUCAGUUCGACCAAGAUUGCGGGCGCGACAUCUUCAGCCGCAGCAUAGCGCAGAUUGACGACAAGUUCGCCUCGGUAGCGGCUGAGGAGCUCAAUGUUGGCAUGGCCGGAAAGAUGGCUCUGCUCGAUGGCGAGUCCGCACUGACUAGACAUCGUGGAACUCGAGGAUGGAGGUUUGCUUCGGCUCGGGUGUUCAAUGGACUUCAUCGACGGGACGUGGCGGGUCUGCAGUAUCUCGUUGGUUUAUUUUGGAUGGCUUUGGUUCUGUUCCUCGUUCACCUUUGUAAAAUCUACAAAAUGGAGUGA